GCUCACCAUCAUUUAUGUGGUGAAUGAGGAAUUGAGGGAAGAGUUUUGUGUGGUCUUUAGAAAGUUUUCAUAUUUUUUGCCUUUUUAAUUCUUAUAAUUGGCUUACACUUUAUUUACUCCAGAAAUCGUCGAAUAUAAAGCGUGACCGAUAUAAUUUGACUUAUUAUAACUGGUUAGUGGUUACAGCCAUAAAAGGAUCCUCACUGAAGUAUAUCCUCAAUAAGUUAGAAGUAAAAGUACCCCCAAUUCCUUCAAUUUAAGAACUUAGACUGACAAGGCUUCUGUUUUAUCAUAUAUAAUGGCCGACAGCGACGACGAAUACGAUAGAAAACGCAGGGAUAAAUUUAGAGGUGAAAGGGCUGAGGCUAGUUACCGUGGGGCAGAAAGGUCUACUAGGGCCAGGGAUGAUUGGCCUGAAAGAGACAAUUGGUCAAGACCAAGGCCAAGAGAAUAUAGACCAAGGGAUAGAGGUUACUCUCCUGGAAUGGAGCCAGCAGCUAAAAGGAUGAGGCACGAUUACUAUGGAAGUGAAGGAUAUUAUCCUCCAUACAACCCAUAUCAUCAAGCCCCUCACAGUUUUCAACGAGGUUUUUUGUUCAGAGAACCUCCAGGGGUUCAGGCCCCAUCUGCUGAAGGUCAGCCACCUCCAAUGAUGUCCUUUAAGUCAUUUUUGGCCACCCAAGAUGAUAAUAUCUCUGAUAGUGACGCUAUUGAGAAGUAUAAUGAUUAUAAGUUGGAGUUCCAGAGACAGCAGCUUAAUGAGUUCUUUGUGGCUCAUAAGGAUGAUGAAUGGUUCAGGAUUAAAUAUCACCCGGAAGAUUCCGUUAAGAGAAAAGAAGAGCAAUCUGCGUCCCUGAAGCGACGUUUGGAAGUAUUUAUUGAUCUCCUACAAAGCGGGAAAAUCGAGGACACUUCCGUCGAUUGCGCCCAAACUACCAGUCUUCUAAAACUGUUAGAUACCGUUGUUAUCAAGCUUGAAGGGGGUACAGAAGAAGAUCUAGAAAGCUUGGAAAACGAAUAUAAAGAAAUGGAAGCGAAAUAUCGGGAGCAAAAAGAAAAGGAAUUGGCUGCCGAAAAGGCCCGAGAAGCGAAAGCGGCCGAAGAAGCGAAGAAAAAGGAAGAAAAAGCGACCGAAGAAGUAAAAGUUAAAACGGAAAAAGAUGACGAUAAAGAAGCCAAGACUAACGGUGACGUCGAUGAUGACAAACAAGACGGAGAAAUCAUCGAAAACGAAGAGGAUGAAAAUAAAGAGGAAGCGAAAGAAGUUGCCGAGGAGAAAAUGGAAGAGAGUAUUGAAAAAGGAGCACUGGAAACUCAAGAAAAGGAUGAAGAAAAACCCGCAGAAAAAACUGAAGAAGGUGAAGAAAUUAAAGACGAGGAGAUGAACGAAGCGCCGAAAGACGAGGAGCAAAAGAACGAAGAACCUCAACAAGAAGACAAACAAGAACCCGAGGAAAAGAAAGAGGAAGAGAAGCCGUCCAGAGAGAAAAAGAGAAAGAGGUCGUACUCCGGUAGCAGUAGCUCAUCUUCCAGUUCAAGCAGCUCAAGCGAAGACGAGAAUGACGAUGAGAAGAAAGAUAAGAAACAGGAGGAAAAUGCUAAAGACAAGGAGGAAGAAAAGGAGGAAGAAGAAAAGCCGCAAGAAAUCGAGGAUGACAAGGCUAACGAUAAAGACGAGGUUCAGAUUAUAGCGGACGAUAAGCCGGAAAAACCGAGGGCAUUGCAUAAGACCACUUCGAUAUUUUUAAGGAAUUUGGCACCUACGAUUACUAGACAAGAGGUGGAAGCUAUUUGUGCAAGAUACGACGGUUUUCUUCGUGUGGCCCUCGCAGAUCCGCAGCCCGAACGGCGUUGGUUGCGUCGCGGUUGGGUCACCUUUAAAAGGGACGCUAACAUCAAAGAGAUCUGUUGGAACUUAAAUAACAUCCGUUUGCGCGAGUGCGAACUCGGUGCUAUCGUUAAUCGUGAUCUGAGCAGGCGUAUUAGGCCCGUGAACGGUAUCGUGGCCCACAAACAAGUGGUCAGAAGCGAUAUCAGGAUCGCUGCUAAGGUUACGUUAAAUUUGGACGCGAAGGCUGGUUUAUGGGUAGACGAGUCAGAAAAAUCAGACAAAUCUCAACAAACAUUUGGUUUGGUCAGCAAUAAUCCGGUUUUACACAACAUCACCGACUAUCUUAUCGAAGAGGCCAGCGCCGAGGAGGAAGAGCUUCUGGGCCUACAACCCUCCUCUGAAAAUCAGGAAUCCGUUACUACCGUGGAUAGAGAUGAAAACCUUAUUAAGGUCUUGGAUCGUAUUAUUUUGUACCUAAGGGUAGUACAUUCGGUAGAUUAUUAUAAUCAUUGUGAGUAUCCUAACGAGGACGAGAUGCCCAACAGAUGUGGAAUUUUGCAUGCGCGGGGUCCCCCUCCAACUUCGAAGACCGACAUGACUCAAUUUAUUGGCGCCCCGAUAGAAACGAAAAUGGCCAAUUUCUUACCGGAAAAACCGACCGAAGAGAAAGACAAGAACGAAGCCAAACUUAUCGCGAUGGCUCUAAAGGAUGUGGAUACAGAAGUUGACAAGUUUGUGCAAGCAAACACUAGGGAAUUGGCAAAAGAUAAGUGGUUGUGUCCAUUAUCCGGGAAGAAGUUUAAAGGACCCGAUUUUGUGCGCAAACACAUAUUUAACAAACACGGCGAGAAAAUCGAGGAGGUUAAGAAGGAGGUCGAGUUCUUCAAUAAUUAUCUGAAAGAUCACAAGAGGCCGAUGCUGGAGCCUCCCACGCAGCCAAAAAGGGAAGAGCAGCCCACUUUUCAACAUCCAGGGUAUGGUGGGUACGGUGGCGGUUACGGGGGUAGACCUCAGCCUUAUUAUAAUCAAGGAUUCCCGCAAAGGGCACGGGGUUAUGCUCCCCGAGGAAGGGGUCCGUCCGAUUUUGGCAGACCAAUUAUCCACUACAGGGAUCUGGAUGCUCCCAGAGAACCAGAAGAGUUCAUAUAAUUGCCAAGUCUAACGGAUUUUCGUAAUAUUAUGUAUGUUGUAUGUCAUUCGCCAACCUAAGUUUUCUUGUGAAAAUUGUUUUCCAUGUUUUAGUUUUGUAGUUGUACGUAUAAAUAGUACGUAAUAGAGAAAUAUAGAAAAAGAUAUUCUAAAUAA